GCAGCAGACUGAACACAGCAGGACUGGAGACACUGAAGAGAAAUGAAUCGGCGCCAAGAGUCAGGUCAGCGUGAGGAACAGGAGGAGGUGACAGGACUGGUUUGUGAUGAGGCUGAUCUCAAAGAUGGACAAAUGAAAGAAGUCACUGUGGGGGACCAGAAAGUGUUGUUAGUCCGAACCCACGGUCAGUACAGUGCUAUUGGGAACCAGUGCACUCAUUACAGUGCUGCUCUGGUUAAAGGAGCUUUGAUCGGUGACAGAGUGAGAUGUCCUUUUCACGGUGCUUGCUUCAAUGUGAAAACUGGAGACAUAGAGGAGUAUCCAGGUCUGGACUGUGUACCCAGCUAUAAGGUCAAAGUUGAGAAUGGAAAGGUGUACGUUUCCAUCGACAAAAAAUCUCUGAAGGCGACCAAGCGGGUGAAGGAGAUGUGCACAGUGGUACCAGAAAUCAAACAUACUAUUCUGCUAAUAGGAGGAGGUCCUGCCUCUCUGGUUUGUGCUGAGACACUUCGGCAAAAUUGCUACCAGGGUCGCAUUAUCAUCAUAACCAAAGACACCCUGCUUCCAUUUGACAAGACCAAACUGAGUAAGGCUAUGAAUCUGGACAGCAGCAGCAUCCUCCUCCGGUCAAGUGACUUUUUACAACAGUAUGGGAUAGAAGUGUGGACACAGAAAGAGGUGGUGUCGGUAAACCCAGCUGACAAGACGGUGAAGAUAAGCGAUGGCACUUUGCAGCAUUAUGACCAGCUCCUCAUCGCAACGGGCGGCAGAGCUCGGCCUCUCAGUUGUCCUGGUUCGGACCUUAAGGGAGUGAAUUUGCUGCAGUGUUACGAAGACGCCAAAGAGAUUAUCAGCUCCUGCCCCGGACACAAGGCUGUCGUUAUUGGGGCAUCUUUCAUAGGUAUGGAGGUUGCAUCCUACUUAUCAGACAAAGCUGCUAGCGUUGCUUUGGUUGGCACUUCCAAAUACCCAUAUGAGCGGACUUUGGGACCAGAGAUUGGGAACAUGAGUAUGCAAAUGUUGGAGGAACAGAAGGUGAAGUUCCACAUGAAAGAUGAAGUCACUGAGAUCAGAGGGGAGAGCGGCAAGGUGAAGGAGGUGGUGCUAAAGAGCGGUACAGUCCUUGAAGCUGAUGUGGUGAUUGCUGGAAUUGGUGUCAUCCCCAAUUCAGACUUCUUGGCAGGAAGCAACGUGGACAUGGAUUCAAAAAAAGCUGUGAUUGUUGACAAGUACAUGAAGACCAACAUAGCCGAUGUUUUUGCUGCUGGAGAUGUCACCUCGUUCCCUCUGACCAUUCGUGGUGACCAGAGGGUCAACACUGGUCACUGGCAGAUGUCACAGGCUCACGGGAGAAUCGCAGCUCUAAACAUGCUGAAGAAACCAACCACAAUUGAGUCUAUUCCUUUCUUCUGGACUGUGUUGCUUGGGAAGAGUAUCAGAUAUGCAGGUUAUGCAGAAGGAUACACAGAAAUCAUAUUCAAAGGCCAAGUGGAAGAAAGGAAAUUUGUGGCAUUUUACAUCAAGGAUGAGGUGGUGGUUGCUGUGGCCAGCCUGAUGUCUGAUCCCGCUGUGUCUCGUGUUGCAGAGAUAAUGGCUACCGGCCAAAUCCUAACAAAAGCACAGGCUCAAGCUGACGACUUGAGCUGGCUGCAGAUGUAAAGAGACGCCUGCCGUCUCCAGGAGUAACACCUCUUUGCGACGAAGGAUGUAGCAUCGACCCUUUAUUGUUUUCUCUCCCUCGCUCUCAAAUAGUGCCAAAUUGGAUUGCUACAUUAACUGCCUCAGGGCUCCUGAAAACCAAACAGACCUCAUCUCUGUUCACACUCAAGAGCACUGUUACCAUAGUGGCAGGCAAUGUUUUAUCGAUUUUACUCUUUGUGCACACACAGUUAUAUGAUUGACUGGUGAACCGUAUUUAUUUCACGUUUUCACUGCCACUGUCCCAAAAGUGUGACGUCUCUAAGUGGUCACAGUCUGUGGUCCGUAGUAGCUACGCAACAUAAAUCUAUCCAAAACUUUUGUUAUACAUUAGGUUUUGUAGUACAGUAAUAGAAACAUAAAAAGUACAUUUAUUUAUCCACUAAAAUCAUUUAAAAAACACUCGCACCAUUCCACUGAUCUAAAAAUGCUGCAUAGUUUGUUUUUGUGUUUGUCACUUUCAUGUGCACUGUAAUGUACUGUAAUGCCUUCGUCUGUUGUACGGCAAAUGUUUACAGCAGAUCUACAGCUUAUUGUUUAGCAUUUCUCAUAUUCUGUAAAGCUCAUUGUUUACCUUAUGAAAUUAAAAAUAGAGCAGUUAAGAAAAUACCUUAUAGCAUUUUUAAACACCUUUCAGCUUCUUCAAAGAUACAUCUGAACACUCUGAGGUACGUAAUUGAUACUGUGGCUUUAAACUUACAUGUAAUGUUAAGAAUUUCAACGACUCUGAUUAUCUACACAAUGCCGUAUUUAUUAUUAUCAGUUGCAGUUUUUGUCAAACUGACUACAAUAAAUCAUUUCUCACCUGUGGGUAA